AAAUUGCACCACCUUCGAGUUCUAUUUACUUAGCUGGAGAAAUUAUACUUCGUUCUAAGGGGAGAAAUGAGGGCUUUGAAAAGCACCUUGAGCGUCAAUGUGUCUUUAGCAGGACAAUUUAAUUCAGUGGAUUUUCUGCUUCAUUUGAAUUUGGGUUGAUUUUGAGAGAGCUCUUUGCCAGUGCACAAAUAUUGCAUUUAUUAGAAUAGUUCUUAUUGAGGGAUCAAAAAAGUUUUUGCUGAAAAAAAGUAGAAAUUUAAAAAUGUAGCCUCUUUAUAUAAUGUGUAAUAAAUAGUGAGUGUGCCAUAGACACGCAAAUUAUGCUCUGAAUGAUAUUUAGUGGUAUAUGAAGCAAUAAAUGAACAUAAUUUGACCGAAAAUGUGUUUAAAAGUGUACAGGGACUUGUUUUGUGGAUCUGUAAAUCAUUUGUCUGGAGAGCCAUUCCGCGGAGACACAAUUUACCGUAAAUCUUACUAUGGGGUAAGCAAAGAUGAGCUGCUAAAGUGUCGUCCAAAGGCAAAUAAACCAAAUGCAGAGAUUGCAAGGGCGGAGGGUAAAAUGCCUUCGGAAACAAUAUUCACUCUUUCCUACCAACCAAAUAAGAUCAAUCGUAGAAAACCAUUUAUUCCCAAAACCCGAUGUCACAAGAGCUCUGAACCCCUGGAGAGUCUUACAACCCACAUGCAUGACUUUGUGCCCAAGAAGUUAUCUUGUCGCCCUCAAAAAAUAAUUCAGAUGGGGAACAUUGAAAGAGCAAGGGACAAAUUCUCUGGAGAUACAGUAAAUCGUCUAUCUUACUGUGAUCCAAUUGGGGCUGAGAGAGUGGUGUCAUUGCGACCGAAAAUCGAUUAUUGCCCACCUUCUGAACCCAUGGACAACCGCACAAUUCAGAGGCUCAGUUAUUUGCCCACGAAAUUACCUCCCAGAGAAAAUUUUCCGUGGAUGAAGAAAGACAAACAUAUUCCUGAUUCAGGCCCGAUGGCAAAGGAUACCAUUUACCGAAAAAGCUACUUUGCCAAUCCAAACUUCAGGCCACCAAAACCGAUUAAGCCACAGGACGGAAAUGCGUUGUUUAAUUUGAAAAGUGAACCAUUCAACCCUUCUUCCAUUUAUCAGUUGAGCUAUUAUCCAGAGAAAAUAGAGAAAGUACAACCGAUUGUGCCAAAACCGGAACUGGAAAUGGAAAGGAAGAAAUUUGAAGGGAGCACUAUUCAUAGUCUGAGCUACAUUGCGCAUUCAGUUGAUGCCAGGAGGAGACCAAUUGUGCCGUCACAGAGAAAAAUUCAAAGCAAUGACCCAAUGGAGCACAUUACAACACAAAAGAGAGACUUUGUACCGAAAUUCGUCCCGAAAGUACAACCAUUCCGGCCAAAAAAAUCUGAAAUGUGUUUGAAAACUGAAUAUGCUCCAAUUGAUGGAUGGACAAUUAAUAAAUUAAGCUUCCAGCAACCACCAGUUGACUUCUGGCAAAAAGCUCCAACUCCUUGGGUGCGACCAGAGUCUUCAAUAAAUUGUUUAAAAGGCAAAAUUGCAAAGGACACCAUUCACAGUCUUAGUUACCAAGCUCCUGGACAAAUAGUCGACAGUGAUGACUGUUGCCAUUGCCCAAAACCACUGAUUUCGUCCUGCAGCGAAGAAGAUGAUUAUCCGAAAGCGGAAGUUUAGGAUUUAGCAAAAUUUUAGUUAUUUAUUUUAUAGAUUAUAUUUUUUCAAUAAAUAGCCCUAAUUUUCGCUCUUGAAA